GUAGUUCCGUAGCGUACCAACAUGGCGCCUUGGUUGUUGUCUGGAAAAUGUAGCACAAAGGCAUGGCAACGCACCGAUGUGUUCUAGAUCCAUGCAAUGUUCAGCGUUAAUGGUUAAAUCAUUGUUGUACAAGUUUAAUGUAGGCAUAAAAACUGACGUUUAUGAAUUCUAAAGAUUGGCUCAGCAAUAUGGCGCUUAAGGCUAAAGAGGCCGUCAAAUGGGUGUACCAAGAUGGGAUGUUUUAAGAAUAGCUCCAUCACGUGACUAGUGGUAAAAUGGCGGCAGUUACGGAUGAGGCAGACCUGGAGACCUCAUUACUGAGCUUUGAGAAACUGGAUCGAGCAUCACCAGACUUGUGGCCUGAGCAGCUCCCAGGAGUUGCAGAGUUCGCUGCUUCUUUGAAAAGUCCAAUCAAAAGCACGCCUCGUAAAUGGAUGGCAGAACUUGAGAAUGAUGACAUAGACAUGUUGAAAGAGUUGGGAAGCCUUACCACAGCCAACUUGAUGGAGAAGGUGCGGGGCUUGCAGAACCUUGCCUAUCAGUUGGGACUGGAUGAAUCAAGGGAAAUGACACGAGGAAAGUUUCUAAACAUCUUGGAGAAACCAAAGAAAUAGCUGUGCUGUAAUAAGUGUCUGUAUUAUGAAAAACUGAGCCUGAAGAGCCGUUAAGUCUGCCCUACAAGAAUGGUGCUUGAUCAAACGAGUGGCUGAAUUUUGCUGGAUGUUCAAAAAAAUGUCUUAGAAUGCACCAGGUUGUUGCCCUAUGUGUUCACUGUUUGUAAUACAAAAUGUUCUUACCAAAAUGUUAUCUAUAGAAAGAGAGUAUGGUUCUUUUCAUCCUAUGGAAUAAUUAUAGAAUAAAGAAAUACAGGUAUGGGACCUGUUAUCCAGAAUGCUCUGGACCUGGGGUUUUCCGUAUAACGGAUAUUUCCCUAAUUUGGGUCUUCAUGUCUACUAGAAAUUCAUUUAAACAUUAAAUAAACCCAAUAGGCUGGUUUUGCUUCCAAUAAGGAUUAAUUAUAUCUUAGUUGGGAUCAAGUACAAGCUACUGUUUUAUUAUUACAGAGAAAAAGUAAAUAAUUUUAAAAAAUUUGGAUAAAAUGGAGUCUAUGGAAAAUGCUAUCUGGCAGGCUGCUGUUUUUCCAUCUCAAUGUAACUGAAAGCCAUUCUGAGUAAUUCUGAGCUUUCUGGAUAUCGGGUUUCCGGAUAAGGGAUCCUAUACCUGUAUAACAGCAUUAUAUUCAAUAUUAUCAGAACCAUUUAAGAGAACUAAUGUUGUAUUAUUUAUUCUCUUCCAGUAUAUUCCAAAGCAAGUCUUGGCUUCUUCUGUAACUGGCAAAUCAACUUUAUGCUAACUGCUUUAGAAGGAAUACCUGUAUAAUGAUUUGAGAACCAAUUUGCCUGCUUAAAUGUUUCCCUGUAACAUUAAUAGAAAGUUAAAGGGCAAGUUGGAAAAUUGUUAACCAAGUACAUAAGUAGGAUGCGACCCUGCCUACUACGUGUUCUCUGGUGCAAAGAAACCACCUGUUCUGUGGUGGAGAAACAACAGGUAGCAAGCUUUACUUAUGAUUCAUACUGUGGAAUAGCACCUCAAACUAACACCUGGAAAUAGCAUCAUUUAAACAUGAAUAAAGGGUAAAAAGAUAUGUGUUGCAUUCACUGCUACAACAGUGCAUUAAUGGUUCCUUAAUUAGCAAGCAUCACAUCUGCAAAUAUUCAGUGUCUACUCCUGUUAAAUCUAAAGAAUUUGCAGUUAGUCUUAAUUUUUGUUAUAUAUUGUGUUUUUGUUUUCUUUCAACUUUUUGUUCAGCAGCUCUUCAUUUUACAUUUUCAGCAGCUAUCUGCAAACAUACCAGUUUUACCAGUGCAGUCCUUUAAAAACAAUUUAAUUUUUGGAGGUUACUGUUCCUUUAAAUUUCAAGCUAGAAAGAGACAAAAGAGGAUGGCAGACAAUUAAAAAAAAUACCAAAAAAUAUUGUUAAGAAUAAGACAUUCUAUAACAUACAUUGACCUAAAGUUGAACUUACCCUUUUAACUUCUUGGGGUACAAGUCACCAAUCACGUAUUUGAGUUUACAUAGCAAGUGUCUGCCCGUGUGUGGCCUCUUUAAUGUCUUUGUGUAAUGAUUGUGUUAUGCUUUCUUUUUUGGAAAAAGUUUACAAAAGAAUACAAAUGUCCAAAAUGUAUGAAUCCUACUCUAGGAGAACAGGUGCUGUGGUGUAAUAUCACCCAUUAAAUUCAUGCACUCCUUUGA